AACAGGCCCCCCCUAGGGGGUUUGCAUUGGGCCACAGAGAGGGAGAGAGACAGCCAUCAUGCACCAUCAGAGUACGAUGCUGGGAGUCCUGGUGGUCACCCUGUGUGCAGGCUUGACGGCAGCCCAGUUCCCCAGGGAUUGUGUGACCCCAGAGGGCCUCAGGAGCGGCCAGUGCUGCCCCUCUCCGACGGGGGUGGCGGGUGAUGAGUGUGGCUCAAGCACGGGCCGUGGCCAGUGCGUGACCAUCGCCGCUGACCGCCGGCCCCACGGGCCCCAGUACCCCCACGACGGGCGUGACGACAGGGAGAGGUGGCCGCUACGCUUCUUCAACCGGACCUGCCAGUGCAACGGGAACUUCUCUGGCCACAACUGUGGCCGGUGUCGCCACGGACUGACCGGGCCCAACUGUGACGAGAGGAUCUCAGUGGUCAGAAGGAACAUCAUGCAGAUGAAUGCAGCAGACAAGCAGGCCUUUGUGAAUGCCUUAGACCAGGCCAAGAGAACUGUGCACCCUGACCUGGUGAUCUGCACCCGACGGUACCAGGAGGUGUAUGGUCCGGAUGGCAACACCCCCCAGUUUGAGAACAUCACCAUCUAUAACUACUUUGUGUGGACCCACUACUACUCUGUCAGUAAGACCUACCUGGGGCCGGGCCAGGCCAGCUUCGGGGGGGUGGACUUCUCUCACGAGGGGCCGGGCUUCGUCACCUGGCACCGCUUCCACCUGCUGCAGCUGGAGAGGGACAUGCAGGACAUGCUGGGCGACGCCACCUUCGCCCUUCCCUACUGGAACUUUGCCAUCGGGGGCAGCGAGUGCGACAUCUGCACCGACGAACUGCUGGGCGCCAGGAGCAGCUUCGACAGCGACUCCCUCAGCCCCAACUCUGUGUUCUCCCAGUGGAGGGUCAUCUGCGAGAGCGUGGAGGACUACGACACCAUGGGCACCGUCUGCAACAACACCGAAUCCAGCCCAAUCAGGAGGAACCCAGCGGGUAACGUGGCCCGCCCCAUGGUGCAGCGCCUGCCAGAGCCCCAGGAUGUGGUGGACUGUCUGGAGCUCAACGCCUUCGACACGCCGCCGUACUACUCCACCUCCUCCGAGAGCUUCAGGAACACCAUCGAGGGCUACUCUGCCCCUCAGGGGGGAUAUGACCCGGUGGUCCGCAGCCUCCACAACUUGGCCCACCUGUUCCUGAACGGGACCGGGGGACAGACGCACCUGUCCCCUAACGACCCCAUCUUCGUCCUGCUGCACACCUUCACUGACGCCAUCUUUGACGAGUGGUUGAGCAGGCACAGCCCAGGUGAGGCUGUGUACCCAGAGGAGAAUGCUCCAAUCGGCCACAACCGACAGUUCAACAUGGUUCCCUUCUGGCCCCCUGUCACCAAUGCAGAGAUGUUUGUCCCCGCCCCUCAGAACCUGGGCUACGCCUACGAGGUCCAAUGGCCAACGCGCCCCUACACGCUGUCUGAGAUCAUCACCAUUGGCAUUGUUGCCGCCGUGCUGGUGGUGGCGGUGGUGGGAGGGGUCAUCGCAUGCGCUGUGCGCGCCCGGUCCUACCGCUCCGCGGAGGGUCUGGAGCCCCUGCUGGGGGAGACGUUCCGGCGCUACUCGGAGGACGACCGGCGGAUGGACAAGACGCAAUCUGUCGUUUAGCUCGCACGCCCCACGGGCCCUAACAGUAUACCUUGACUUGUUUUGUUUUUUAUUCUUCCCUCUUCUAAUAAAGUUC